UUUUGUAAUUAUAAGGGGUUGAGGUUGAUCUUCAAGUUUUGACCACCGACUGACUGUAUACCUCUACUCUUCAUUUGUGAAGAAUGAAAUGUCUGCAUCUGCUACAUGUGUGCCUGGUUGCAGUUGGACUGCUUGUUAUGUGCAGCUCUGCUCAGGAUAGGAUGUGUACAUCGACUGAAACGUUUUUAGAAUCUUACAGUGAGCCUGAAGUAUAUUCUUACCGUUGCGGUUGGUGGAAGUGGCGUCGUUGUCAUGCAACAAGGUAUAUAACUAAGCAUAGAACAGCGGAACGGCACAUCCCACAUUGCUGUAAUGAAUACACUGGUACUCAUCCAAACUGCAUUAAAAUACAGUGUCCUAGUCUACGAUCUUCUGUAAAUGGCAAAGUGGCUGUGAGCUCGCGUUACCUCAAUGGAUUUGGUACAUACAGCUGUGACUAUGGAUACAAGCUGGUCGGGUCAUCAUCAGUGAAGUGUAAACGUGAUCAGACGUGGUCCGGAACGGCUCCAUCUUGUCAACGAGUACGGUGUCCUAGUCUACGAUCUCCUGGCAAUGGCAACGUGGCUGUGAACAAGUACUACCUCGAUGGAACUGGUACAUACAGCUGUCACUAUGGAUUCAGGCUGGACGGGUCAUCAUCAGUGAGGUGUAAAAGUGAUCAAACAUGGUCCGGAACGGCUCCAUCUUGUCAACGAAUACGGUGUCCUAGUCUAUGAUCUCCUGGCAAUGGGCAACGUAGCUGUGAACAAGUAUUACCUCGAUGGAAUUGGUACAUACAGCUGUCACUAUGGAUACAGGCUGGUCCGGUCAUCAUUAGUGAGGUGUAGAAGUGAUCAGACGUAGUCUGGAAUGGCUCCAUCUUGUCGACGUAAGUAUACAUUAGAAUAUUGUGAUGUGUUGCAUGCAGUCAUACGUAAGUAGACCUGAUAGCUGUAUAUGUGUGCAGUCAGAGGAGGAUAGUCAGGGUCAAAAGAUUUUUAGCCUUAUCCCCACACCCACUCAUGCUAUAUUGAUAUUGAUGCUUGGUCGUCCAACAGGCCUGCAUUGAAGGCCAUCACGUAAUAAAUUAUUCAUAAUUAUGUGGAUAUAACAAGGUAGGGCUGGAUACGUACUUUAAGCAGUUGCACUCGUCAAUCGAAUGGACAGUGAACUCAAAGAUUUAUAACAGAGGAGGUUGGACAGUAUUACGUGCACCUAUACACACAUGCCAUUAUAGCCUGGAAUUCAAUUAAACUUACCUCCAACUAAGUACAUAUAGUGCACGCAGUGCAGUGAUGGCUGUUUUAGAUCUACUCAUCACACAAGAACCUAUAAUCAUUUAAGCACAUCAUUCCUCGUUAAUUUUACUUGGCUACAAAUUUGUAAUGGUUAAGUAAUAUUCAGUAAAAAUGCAAGUGCAAUACAUCAUGUGAGUUAGUUAAAGUUACUGAGUUUGUGUGGGUCCAACUGAUGCAUAAAAAUGUUCAGUCAGAGCAACACCUUGCCCCAAGAAUUUGCGAGGUGAUAAUUCCACAGGGUGUUUGUGAAACUGUGUUCUAAGUGUUUUCUUGCUCCGAGUGGUCAGAGUGAUGUGUCCAGUAGACCCAUCAUUUCUCUUUGAGGGGGGGAAGCUAGGUUGGGUUCUUUUGCAGCAAUUCUGAAAUCCGUAAGAUCACUGUCUACAAAAAAAGUGCAUGUGUCACAGCCAGAUCUACAUGUAUAGUCAUAUUUAUAUCUAUUUUAACAUAAGUAAAGGAACCCCCAUCGUUGCAUCCUCGGGUUCUACCAGUGGGUCAUCUAGGGUGUCAGUUAGUGUACCCUUAAAGUUGGCGAUCACCCCUACGACAGGAAGACCCAAUUCUCUAGGUAGCAGUAGCACGAGGACGUCUAUAGUGUGUCAUCCCCAAAUGGCAGUAAUCAAAAAGGAGGGUCCAAUAGCAAGCAAGCCCAACCUCCACCGGGCCCUGCCUAUUCUGCAGCAGGUAAGUGUUUGAACACAGGUAUAUAUAUACCUGUAUUCUGAACACAUACAUUACGUUUGGACACUCUCUUUUAUGAAGUGCUGUUUAGCGUCGUCUGCACUUGUGCUUCGUUUUGAACAUGGAGACGGCUAAACAGAAUGUGUAUAACAUAUGCAUGGUUUUUGUACAUCAAUAAAAUGUAUGUGUCACAACCACUUGUUGUAUUGGCAGAGCCUGUGUAGAGCUUGUGUGUAAUUGACCAAUGUCUUGUUUUUCUCGACUCGAUACAUGGGGCAUGUAAACUCUUCACCCACCACUUUGACGUCUGCACUGCCCUCUGACACAACCAGCAGUAGCACUACUCCAGCCGAGGAGGACAGUGGUAGUGGUCAGUCAGCGGCGGGAGAGGGCUCUCAACAUCAGCGUCUGGUUCCCAAACAUCCCACCGCUCUGAGCACAGUCGGUCCAGCAGUGCCUCAUCAUUCUCUGCCUCUCUCUCGCAAGACUCCCAGUCAUUGACUCAUACCAGCUCCAGUAUAGCAGAUACACACAGUGGAGCAUCCAGUAACAGCGGGGGAGCACAUUCAACCCCUGUGUCAGAACCAAGCCCCCUAGUAGUGGACACUGGUGUGCGGCCUCCCUCCUCUACCCAUUCCUCGGUCGGAGCUCUCUCUCCCCUCAUCUCCACCACAAUCACACAACCAACCCCUCAUAGAACGCCCUCUCAACCUCCAACAACCGCACAGCCCUCCACUACGUCACAUCAAGAUGCAUUUGUGGUCACGCUCUCUCGCCAAUGCCACUGGCACCUGUUGGUAGUGGUGUGGAGUUAGCAGAAAAUCCUAUGGUCGCUGCUCAAAGUCCUGGCUUUAAUCAGUUUCCAUCAGGAGGUUCAAAUCUCCCAGUGUGGAUGGCAGCGGGUGAUGACGGUCUGGAGGUAGUUCCAGGAAGUUUAGGAGCAGCCUUCGGCAAUGGACUAUUUUCGUCUUCUACUAGCACAGGUCUCUCACCGACACUACCUGUCAACUCGCCUCCUCUGUCCUGUAAUUCUCCUCUGGUUCAGUCUGCCGCCUUCCCCUCACAACCUCCCAUCUCCAACUCCCCUCUCACUUCUGCCUUCCCCUCGCAGCCCACCCCCCUCACAGGAGCACUCCCCACUACCUUCACAGUGGCACAGCCAACUUUCGCUAACUUUACAGGAGUUCUACCAACACACCCCACUUCCUUUGCAGGGCUCACAUCAGCAGCCUUCAUGUCGCCAGAGCAGACUGCUCUGCCGUCUCUAUGGGUGAGCGGGAUGCAGGGCCUGGUGUCGUGGGUCAGCUCUCCUCACUUAAGUCCAUAGCAGCCCAGGUAGUAGCCUCAUCUGGCACACCAGUCACUAGCAGUAGAGGAAGUGGUUUGGAAGCAGUGAUGGGCCUCGAGAGUAGGCCUGGGGAACAGAGCUCAGAACAAAUGCGACUAAUGGCUGCAAUCUCUCCAGCUCUGUUAGAGUCUUUCAGCAGUCGUGCUUCGGAGGAGACAUCGGCAGGUCGCACAGAUACCCAGAUCAUGCCUCUGCUAGGAGUUAUGCCCCUGGGUCCAGUGCAGCUGACUCAAGAGAGGCUUUAUCAGCUCAAAAUGUUGGAGACUGCGUACAAGCACCUCCCACAUCAGUCGGAUUCAGAAAGAGUGAGACCGUAUUUGCAAAGAACACCGUAUCCCACCCCGUUCUAUCACCAUCAGCACCCUCCAUCUCACUUUGACUCAUUCGAGUUCUUCCAGAGACUAUCUAUAGACUCGCUCUUCUUCGUAUUCUACUAUAUGGAGGGGACUAAGGCCCAGUACUUCGCAGCAAAAGCUCUCAAAAAAUUAUCUUGGAGAUUUCACACAAAAUAUAUGAUGUAGUUUCAGAGACUUGAGGAGCCUAAAGCCAUCACUGAUGACUAUGAAAUGGGUACAUAUAUUUACUUUGACUUUGAGAAAUGGAGUCAGAGAAAAAAAGAAGGAUUCACAUUUGAGUACAGAUUCCUUGAAGACAAGGACCUCCCCUGAAUCAUGAUUAAUCCAUCUUUUUUUAUGUUGUCUCGUGCAUGUCUGUUGUCUACUGAAAAAACUUGUACUGAGGAAUCAGUACGUAAAAUGAACAAACAUAUAUAAAAUCUCAUUUUCAUUGCUGAUCAGCAGUGCCUGUGGUGGUUCAAAACUUUGUGUUGUAUUGACUGUUGGUUGCAUGCCUUGAA